CUACCAAGUCGCGAAGAUAUCUUACCUCAACACGAAGCAUAGAUAUGACCAGUUUCUCUAUAACUAGUAAAUUAUCGAUUGAUGAAGAUAGUGACACUGAAGAUGAAGAGGUCUCAGAUCAUGAAGUGCAAGUAUCUGGAGAAGAAAUUUCGGCAGGGAGGACUUCGACUGAUCCCAUUAUAAGCUGGACUUUAUCAACCGGGAAAAAUCCCGGCCUAUCUCGGAAUUUUAGAUCUUCCGGAGAAGAUGUUGAGGUGAAGAAUUUGUUCACGGACGAUGAAUGGGACGAAAUGAUCGAGGAUUUUGGGGAUAAUGUUAACUUAAGUGAUUUGGAAGUCGAACGGAAGAAGCCUCUCUAUGAGCUGAUGGACAAAAUAGAAGCCAAAUUUAAACUGGAGACGAAACCCUCCGAUUUAAUUACCGAAAUUGAAAGUUGUGUAAUUGAAGUACGUAUAUCACUUGUAUUGAUUUCUUAUGGAAGUACAGGCUCCAAUGACCAUCAUUUAUAG